UUCCGGAUUUCUAUUCUCGAUCUUUUAUUUUCCAGUGUGAAAAACUUCUCUGUGGAAUUUUAAUCGUGAAAAUAUUGAAUUUUUCGAUAUCGAAUCUCUUUAACUCCUUAUGAUACACCUAAUUCUGUUUUUUCACGCUAGGAAUGCUCGUUUGUGUAUUUAUUUUCUUUUCUCGAAAAAAGGAAAUGUAACAUAUAAUAUACAAUGUAUAUGAAUCAGUGAAAGACUUAUUUGAUUUGAACAAAUAAUUCGCUCGUGUUUUAAAUACAUUCGUUUUAUACAUUUUUAUCGAUAUUCAUGAUAAAGAAAAAAAAAAGUGAAACAUUUAGAAAUUUUUUAAGAAAAUGAAAUUCUAUUGAUAAAGAUCCAGACGGAAUCUAAGUGAAAUUAAUCGUGAGAGAUAAGAUGAUAAUAAAAUAAAGAAGAGAGAGAAGGUUAUUAAAAUGUAAUUCGUCAUAAAAGUGUCUCCUUUUGUUCGCGGCAACAAAUGAUUCGCAUCAAUGAACUCAGAACCAAUGACAUCGUCAACUUUCUACGAAGAUGGAGUAUUGGAUGGCGAGCAACGAGACCGGUCACAAUGGUAGAGAGGAGACAAUCCAGGAGGUCCUCAGAGAUCCAGGAUCGGCGGUGCUCUUCGUCGGAUAUCCACGAUGGCUUUUGCACUUCGCUGCCGGUUGUUGCAUACUUUUCAUGCUCAUUGGCAUCCCCGGCAAUCUCUUCACUAUCGUCGCUCUUUUUCGCACCAAAAAGUUAAAAAACGCCACAACGAUCUUCAUAAUGAAUCUCUCGAUCUCGGAUUUAAUGUUCUGUUGUUUCAAUCUUCCGCUUGCUACGUCUACGUUUUGGCAUAGUUCUUGGCAGCAUGGACCAUUUUUGUGUCGAUUGUUUCCUUUAUUGAGAUAUGGCUUGGUUGCAGUAAGCCUUUUCUCAAUAUUGACAAUUACAAUUAAUCGUUACAUUAUUAUUAGUCAUCCUAGACUUUAUCCUAGAAUAUAUAAACCAAAAUAUUUAAUACUAAUGAUUUUGGGUAUAUGGAUCGCUGUUUUUGGUAUUCUCAUCAUUACAUGGUUUGAAAGUUGGGGUCGUUUUGGAUUAGAUGUUGCCAUCGGCUCGUGUUCCAUUCUUCCAGAUAUAAAUGGACAAAGUCCAAAGGAAUUCCUCUUUUUCGUUGCUUUUUUGAUACCUUGCAUUGUGAUCGUUGUUUGUUAUGCAAGGAUUUUUUAUAUUGUUCGCAAAACAGCGUUUAAAAGUAGAAAACGACAUAUACAUGCUAGUAUCGAUCCAAUUGAAAUUAAUCAGGAGAGACCUACAUCAAUCAGGAAUCAAGAGGAAGAACUGUCAAUUUUAAGCUCCAAUUGUACAACGAAUGUUUUGUGCCCAAACUUUUCUUCAAAGUGCACCAAAACGUCGUUUAAUCAACUAAACUAUUCUCGCAGUCCUUCAAGAUCGGCGAUCGAGGAAUGGGAGCAAUCAUCAUGGAUACAAACUCAUGUAGAGAAGGGAGAAAUUUCAGGAUUCGAGGAAGAGAAGGUACAACAGAUGAUGGAAGCAGAGAGAUGGGAAAAAAAUAGCAAAGAGCAAGUUAAUCAAUCGAAUAACGAUACAUCAGUUAAAACAAUGGUCGAAAUUUGUGAUAAAUCGAGACCUGAUCUAGUAAUAAAAAUAGACGAUAUACCAUAUGUGGACGAUCUUGAAGCAAUGGAAACAGUUUCUUCAAACGAUUGUACCAAAAUCAAAGAAUCGACAGAGAAAAAUUCGACAAAUAGUGGGAAUAAAAUAGAGAGAACGACGAGUAGAGCCUCGUUCCUCAUAGAAUCGGCUCUUUGGAUGCAAAGAUUGAAUUCCAAAACAGAUAGUGAUCGAUAUGACGAUGACUCGAAAUCAAACACUCCUGAUCGAUCGACGAAGAAGAAACCUAUAAUUAUUCGUAGAGAAUCGAGAUUUAGGAGUGUCAGAAAGUUUAGGAAUCCUGAUGGACCACCAAGGAUGAGCAAUAAAGACAAGAAGCUGUUAAAGAUGAUUCUAGUGAUAUUUUCCUCCUUUCUCAUUUGUUAUUUACCUAUCACCGUUACGAAGAUUUUUAAGGAUUCCAUCGAUUGGAGAGGAUUAAACAUCGCGGGUUAUAUCUUGAUCUAUUUGACCACUUGUAUAAAUCCUGUUGUUUACGUCGUGAUGAGCUCUGAGUACAGGAGCGCCUAUAAAAAUGUGUUACUUUGUAAAAAUGAAUUUGGAGCCAAUCGUGCAACUAAAAAAUAAAGAAUAUUUGAAUAUGUUCCUGUUUGAGAC